CUGACCCGAAUUUAAACGUCAAGAUGGCGACGGAGGGUCAGUUCGAGUACGAGUCGGUCCUCUGUGUCAAACCUGAAGUCAACGUGUACCGGAUCCCACCGAGAGCAUCCAACCGGGCUAUCAGGGCUGCUGAUUGGAAGCUGGACACUCCUGACUGGUCGGGACGCAUGCGAGUUGUGGCGAAGGGAAAAGUGGCCUACGUGAAACUUGAGGACAAAAUGUCAGGAGAGCUGUUUGCCCAGGCGCCCGUGGAUGAGUAUCCUGGCAUCACCGUGGAAACGGUGAGCGACUCGAGCCGCUACUUUGUGCUCCGCAUCCAGGAUGAUAACGGCCGCAGUGCCUUCAUUGGCAUCGGGUUUGGGGACCGAGGGGAUGCCUUUGACUUCAAUGUUGCACUGCAGGACCACUUCAAGUGGGUCAAACAGGAAGAUGAGUUCAGCAAACAGGCCCAGGCUCCAGACUCUACUCCUAAACUAGACCUGGGCUUCAAAGAAGGACAAACCAUCACACUCAAUAUCGGGCAAUCCAAAAAAAAGGACCGGCCUCGUCCACAGAGUUCUGGUGGUUUUGGAAUCCUUCCACCUCCACCUGGAGGCAAGCUAGCCCCGCCUCCUUCUUCAUCCAGAUCUAAUAACCACAACGUGGAGCAGACACCUGCAGGAGGAAAUGACACAGCAGGUUGUCUGCUGGAUCUGGACUCCAGUAACUCCAACUCUGUGACAUCAUCAAACCCUCUUGCAGUCACCACCAGCUCAGACCUGUGGGGACACUUUGACCCCCCCAACUGAACCAAGAUGGAUUAUGCUGAGUCGCUUGUUUUUGUGAGGGGAAGUGCAAUGAAGAAGAUCAUUCUAACCCUGACCAAGUCUUUUACCCCCCCUAACGUGAUCUCUUGUCCACAAUGUGCGUAUGGAAAUAUGCAAACAUAUAAAUAUGUCACCACAAACAAA